UUAUUUACAGAGGGUGAAAUCCACCAGUAAAAGAAAAAGUCAGUGAAGAAGUACACUUUUAUUUUGAACUAUAUUUCACAUUUGGCAUUUAAAUAAUGUGAAAUAAAAUAAAGACAAGAUAUGAGGAGGCAGGUGAUAGUUAAAUGGAUUUUGACUUUGAAGGAGGGAGGUGAAAAUUUUAAAAAAGGAGAUUAUUGUAGUGUGGGUAAAUGAAUGACUUAAAAAUGGGAAAAGAGUUGCUAAACUAUUACAGAAUCAUCAACAUGACAAAUUGACUUACCUGGUAAUUUUAAUAAUACUUAUAGCUGUAGAUCUCAAUUAUUUUCCAAGAAAGGUAGCUACAGGUAUUGUUACCUGAAGGAAUGUCCAGAUUGUGUCCUGCUUUGGCAGAGGGUAUUUACAUCCUGUUUCCAUGUAGAGCUCUGAUUUUACACCUACUCUGAGUUCUGAAUAGUCCAUGAGUGCAGGAGCUGGCACGGACUGGAAGUGGGGCAGUGCUCAGGUAAGCAGCACACAGGUAGGAGCUGACUGCAAGGCACGUGGCUGGCAGUACAGUGCUCACGCUGCCCUGUGGUUAUUACUGGUCCCAAAGUAACGAUUUAUAAAGAGUCUGACGGGGUUUGACAAAUCAAAUGAAUGGGACUUGCUUAAUGCAAAGUGGAAAGUCUCUGUCAGCUGCUGCCAAAGCACAUGGUAAUAUGGGUUUGUAGUUCAUUGGGAGACUUGGGAGCCACUGGAGUGUUCUGUGAAAGGUGUCAUUAAAAUUCAGAUUAAAAAAUUUCUUCAGAAAUAACGAACAACUUUGUAAGGGUAGCAUAAGCAUGAAAAUCAGCAUUCCUAGUGCUGCCUUGGGAUGAGCAUGUGCCAAAGGAAAGGUGGGAGAGAAGCUUUCCGUGCUGGAAAAUGAAGCUGUACUCCUGUGCUCUCUGUGCAGGAGAGCAGCCAUCAACCUGGUCGGCAGUGGUUCCUCAUGAAUUGACACCUGCUCCAGGCAGCAAACAUAAAACUCCCAAAGGCUUUAUUUAAUAAGCUAUGAAAGUAGAAAGUCCAUAACUGAUAAGAAUCUAGAUAGUGGAAUGAUACGGAUGCUGUGCGGUGAAAGACAGAGGAAAAACCAUGAUGGAAGUGAAGGAGUGGAGUGGAGGAGUAGGAUUUCUUCCAAAAGAAAUGAGAGAAACUCCUUAAACACCCAUUUGCAUAUAGUCCAUAAAAAGUCUAAAGGGAAAGGGCCAGCUGCUUGUCUUUAAUCCAUAAGGGAAGCCCAUGGUAGGAGCUUGGCUGCUGUCUCUUCCCUGUUGUUUCCUCAUCAAGCAGGAGCGAGGGAGGCGGCUGGAGGCAGGUGCCACUCCCUGAGAAGUAACAGGGAGCCAGGAAGCUGUUGACUGGGAUUUGGGAAGGAGAUGCCAGUUGUUUUGGAAGAAGAACCUGUUUGGUGGGUCUGAUUUGAAUCAAUAAAGGGAGCAGCACACCAGGGUGUAGGAAUGAGCAGGCUCCAUCAGUGGAUUAAAGCUUUGGAUGCUGCCUGCUGUCACUCAGGACUUCAUCUGUGCUUUUCUCCUGCACUAUGGAGCGUCUGUUUGGGGUUGUGCUGGGUUUAAUUCUGGCAGUCGCUUCAUCAGCCCAUGACAGCUGUACCUGUGCAACCAACAAGUGGGCAGUGUGUGCCCAGGACAGCCCUGGGAACUGCACCUGCAGGCUGGCAGGUUCAGAUCACCCUGUAGACUGCUCAACCCUGACUUCAAAAUGCUUCCUGAUGAAGGCAGAAAUGAUCCCCCUGAAGGAGAAGCGCUUCUGGAGACCUCCCCAUGGGCUGUCAGACAGUGAUGGCAUUUACAACCCUGACUGUGAGGACAGUGGUGUCUUUAAAGCCAGGCAGUGCAAUCAGUCCAGCACCUGCUGGUGUGUGAACACUGCUGGUGUGAGGAGAACUGAGAAGGGAGACAGGAGCCUGAGCUGCAGCGAGCUGGUCCGGACAAGGUGGAUCUACAUUGAGCUGACACACAAGAGAAGCUCCAGAGCCUUCGAUGUUCCCGACGUGGCAAAGGGCCUGACACAGCUGUUUGAGAGCAGGUACAAGCUGCACCCCAAGUACAUUGCAGCCAUCAAGUACGACCCCCCACUUAUCCAAAUCCGCCUGGACCAGAACAAGAAACCCAGGUGGGAUGUAGAUAUAGCUGAUGUGGCCUAUUACUUUGAAAAAGAUGUAAACAAUGACUCUAUAUUUCAUUCCAACAGUCAAUUAACUGUCUCAGUCAAUGGAGAUGCUCUGGCUAUUGAAAAGCUCUGGAUUUACUAUGUGGAUGAAAAGCCCCCAGCGUUCUGCAUGAAGCAGCUGGCAGCUGGCAUUAGUGCUGUGGUCACUGUGGUGGUCCUGACUGUUGGCAUUGGCAUCGCUGUGCUGCUCAUCCUCAGGUGGCUGCACACAAGGAAAUAUAAAAAAUUUGAGAGUAAAGAAAUGAGGGAAAUUAAAACCCCAAGCUUAGAGCUGCCCUGAGCUGAAAGAAGAAAGGCAACUACAGGAAGAAAAGGAAAAAAAAGGCACAGAAUACAAAUAACAGACUCAGUGUAUGUGAUGGAUUUGGAGUUUUUUCCUUCCUACAGGAAUUUGUUCAUUGACUGUUCUAAAUUAUUCUUGUUUAGUAAGUAUAAAUUUUUGGGGUAUAAAUGAAUUUGGGAGUCAGUUACCUAAAUAUUUUAAAUGACUCCUACUUUGGAGAGUAAGAAAACUGUUACAUCUAUCUAUUUAACAUAACACAGAAUGCUUUCACUCCUGCUGCCGGCCUGGCUCAGAUUGCUUAAAUACUUGAAUACUCUGUGGGGUUCUUGGUGUAUCUACUUACUGAAAUUAAAACACUUGCCUCAACAUAUUUGGGCUAUAUUGCUGCUUUUCUCUUGGUGGACUUUUUUAAAAUGCAGUUUGGUUUUUGUUCAUGGGGUCUUUAAAAAAAAAAAAGUUUCUGGAACAUUUUAAACAACAAACAACUUCAUAAAUAUUACUAAAUAAAAAAAUAAGGUAAUGAUAAGACACUCUGCAGCAUGAGAGGCUUUUGUAAAGUCAUCUGUUAGGAAACAUCCGAGGUGUUGGGUCGCUUCCAGGUGCGGAGAUCCCAGGUUCCCGGGUUUGUAUUCAGGCAGCACAGUGAGCUAUUCCCACUUGUGCUCUUUAAUAAGGGUCUGACACUCCUCGUCAGCAAAGAUCCCUUGAUCCCCAUGCAAGUAUAAGUUAACCUUGGUGUUCUGCCCACAUUCCAACUCUGGUAAUAGCUUUCUGUCUACCUAAAUUCCCUGGGCAAUUUUAAUGGGAGGAGAUACUUUUCAGUGUUGUACAGCUUCACAGAAACACUACACAAUGCUCCGGGACAGGCUGAAAAAGAGCUUUAUUCCAGCUGAGCUGCGGGGAGAAUUUAAGAGCAGAGUGUAAUUACUGAACUUGGAAUUUGGCCAACACACUACAACUGGACUGCUUUGCUACCUACUCAUCUGCUGCAUUCCUUGUCUGGGGAGUCAUACCCACCAUGAAGGAUAUUUUAAAGAAAAUAAUGCUGGUUGUUGAAUGUUGGGAUAUUGUCAGUUCCAUUCUCUGUGCUGAGUGUGGAUGUCUAAGUCCAUCACUCUCAUCUGCUUCCUUCAGCAGCACCUGCUCCACCUGGGCACUGCAGCAGGGCCAGCAGCUCUUUCCUUCUCUGAAUUAGUUUCAGUGUUGCUCGUUUGUAAUUCUAACAACAGUCAGGAAUGUUCUGCUUCCACGACAAACCAUAAAUAUAUAGCUCUGGUUCUACUGAAUGAAAAGGAUAAGGGAAGAGGCUUUGAUUUUGUUUCUGUUUCUGCCUUUGUUUACAGAUGCUGUUGGGUAUUAUUUGGUUCAACAUACACCAUUUCCAUUUGACUCCACGCUUGUUCACUCACCUGCUGGGAAACUCUGGGUCCAUAGUUUGGGGCGGAUGCAUCAUGUUUUCCCAAAAUAAGAUUUUUAUGCAGUUGCAGCAGCAGCACUAAUACAUUCACAGUUUUGGAGCGGGGUCUAUAAUUUAUUGUGUGCCUUACAGCAACAUGUCAAAGUUGGUUGGUUGUCACUCAGGAAUACACACUUGUGCCGAGAGAAGAUGAAGUGAGAAUUUGAGAUCUAGGCUGGAUCUUUCCCUGUCAUAGGAAAACUCAAAACUUAGCCUAACUCCACACAAUUUUGCAAGUAGCCAUCUAUAAAACAGAUUAAAUUAAAAAUCUAGAGCUGAGCAGCCCUCAGAUAAAGAAAUGGAGGAUGAGAAUAAAAAUUUUCCAAGUACAUUGCUUAAACACUUUCUUACUUAGGCAGAGCAGAUCAAAGCCAUGUGUUUGAGAGGCUGGUGCCAUCAAGGAUCAUGAGAUAUGCAGUCUUUUCUGGGGAUCUACCAUGGCUUUCAACAGUCUUUUAAAAUCACUGCGUUUUUCUCUUUUCUGUCAUAAGAAAAACAUAUUAUUUUCAAGGUGAAUUAUGAGAUUUUAUAUUAUAAUGUAAACAUUUAGGCAUAACAUUGAAUAGGACUGACAAAAGUACCAAUUGUUGAAAAACUCUUUAACAGGUAACAGUGUCAGCAUCUUUUCCUGGCUCCUGCUUUUCUUUUUAGUAGAUGAGAUUGAGAAGAGAGGCUGUUGUGGCGCCAUUCCUAUUUUUAUUAACCAUUAAAAGUCUGCCCCAUGGAAGCCAAGAGUUGUGGUUGGUUAUUUCUUUGCUAGUCCUUAAGCACCAGUGGACUGCCCACUGGUCAGGGACUGGAAAUGCACUAGGGUUGAUUAAUAGGAGGGAUAAGGUAUCUGCAGUUAAUCAAUAGAAUGAGAAAUUAAUUGAAGCGCAGGGCUCAGAGAACCUCUCUUUGGACUAGAUCAUUCUACUUGAAUAAAUCUGUGUAGAGCUACUGUAGGAUGGGGACUUGAAUCAACCAAGCAGAUCCAUUGCUCCUGCUGAGUAAUCAUUUGUCUCCUGCCACCUCUCACCAAAUCUCAUUUGCAUGUGGCAGAUCAUGUAUUUUAAUGUAACAGUCCAUCACGUUCUGCCUGUUUGACUUUCUUACCACUCCUGAUGUUCUCACUGAAAAAGAGGAAAUGGACUCUUUGUCAGCUUUAAACUUUGGAA